AUGGCAGAAACUGAAUCUGUCACAAGUGCAGCAAGCGAUCUACGCAAUGCUUACUUUGUCGAUACCUCCUCCACCUCCAACGAUGGGCGCAGCUUCUCAUCGCCCUAUACCGCACAGACACUCGAUCAAAUACCCACUCCAAUCUUAAAAAUGCUGAUUGUCUUGGGCCCGUUCAUUCGCCAUUGCGCAUACUUUGUACAAGUCGUUACGUGGAGCACAUUAGACCCACGACAAUCCAUAUUAGCGCUCCUUUUAUGGAUCGGGUGCUGUUUAUGGACCGCGCCAGUCCUCAUGUUUGUGCUGCCAAGCAUGAUCCUUGUCAAACUCGCAAGAGGAUGGCUCAAAGUCAGAACUUCACGUGCACGACGAGAACGACUGGAGCGUGAACGGCAACUCCAACGUUUGAAACGAGAACAAGAAGAUGACCAUCACAAUGAUUAUUAUGACGACGAUGAAGAAGGAAAGAAACGCAAGCAACAGCAGGAAGAAGAGGAAGAACAGCUUUUAAUUUCGCGAAAGUUCCAGCCCGAGGGCCAUGUAUCGCUGGACGAUACGCUGCGCAACCUUGCUGUCGUCAAUGCAUACGUGGAUCGAGUACGACAGUGGAUCCGGUGGACUCGAGACGAGCUGCUGGAUGGAUCGCGUCCAGACGUUGUCGCAUCGACACUCACCGUGAUGCUGUAUGCAUGGCCCAUUUGGAUUGUGCUCAAUUUGGUACUCGGAACGAACGGAAUUAUUGCACUAGCUGGAUCGCUCGUACUAGUCAGCCCGUCGCCGUGGUUCAAGGUGACAAUCAUGGCGAUCCGUCGUAACGCAUUAGUUACACAUGCAAUUGCUGCAUGUUGGGCAUACGGGGUUGCCCUGGUGAUCUCCAUGGUAUCUGUCGCUGUUCCGUUCCGUGCCCCAGCAACGCCGAGUGGUGGUCGCUUUAAGUCAUGGAUCACACGAUUGAUGAAACGAGCCCGUCGUGAAAAGACCAAGGCUCUUGAUGUGAUCAAAAGUGAGCAGCAAGUGGAAGAGCAGAAUGCUUCAAGUGGAUUACGAACUGAAAUGAUUUUCCAGUUUGACAUUUACGAAAAUCAGCGAUGGUGGUUGGGCAUGGACUGGACGACCAACAUGAUGCCAAGUGAACGUGCUCCAUGGACGGAUAAUCAACUCUCGCCGGUGCGAUCCAAAGAUGGGUUUGAGCUGCCACCACCUAGCGAUACUGUACAGUAUCGACCGAUAGCAGGCAGUGGUGGCGUGGCCAUCAAGCAAACUACAAAAAAGGUGUGGAGCUGGGCAGACGGAGAUUGGUGGGUGGAUAUGACUGGCGAGAUGCAAGGUCGCGUGGAUCGCAACGGCUGGGAAUAUGGCAACAAUGCUUGGAAACAGAUGACUGGCCAUCCAGCAAUGCAAACAUUUACACGGCGACGCCGCUGGUCUCGCCGGGCGCGCCUGGUUGAACGUCGAUUCGAGGAACCUGUUCAAGGCAACAAUGAUAAUGCCUCUACAACUAGUACUACUGCUGCUAGCUCAGACGGAUUACGAAAAAGAAACUAG